UGUCUCUCCAGACUGAGACACAGCGAAGUUCUCUUACACUCCACUAUGCCACCGACAACCGUCUUAGAGCCCAGUCUCAUUCCCAGCCCUUGGGGGCUUGUAAGACACACAUAUCUCGGAUGAGCAGGUGUCCCUAUCCUCGUUGUUGUCGAGUUCUCCGGUGUAGGCACGGAAUGUUCUAACUGCGAAUUCGGAUCACCAGGGUGAAUUCUGAUGAACUUUGUCGCUUGAAGGACAGGCUGGAGAGCUGGAGGACAUGCUGAAGGAAAUCCAUCUCUCCCUGUCUCUGGUCCUGGUGUUUGCCUGCGGCCUGUUGUACCAGCUCACCCUGAGGUCUCACUGCUUCUUUGCCUGCCUGCCUCUCUUCACAUCUCCACAGGGGCCGGAAGGCCUCUUGAGAAGUGGACGAAGCAUCGUGUUCAUAGAGACUUCUGAAAGAGUGGAGCCGUCUCCACUGGUCACCUGUGCUGUGGAGUCUGCUGCCAACAUCUACCCGGAGCAGCCAAUCAUCUUCUUUAUGAAAUGGCUCAGCAAUGCCACACGGCUGACCCCAAACACCAGCUCCCCAGCCUUCUCCCUGCUCUCAGCCAUGGACAAUGUUUUCUUUGUCCCUUUGGACAUGAGAAAGCUGUUUGCAGACACACCCUUGUUUUCAUGGUACACCAAAGUCAACAGCAGUGCUGAGAAACACUGGCUCCACGUCAGCUCAGACGCUUCACGCCUGGCUAUCAUCUGGAAAUACGGUGGCAUCUACAUGGAUACCGAUGUCAUCUCCAUCAGGCCCAUCCCCGAGGAGAACUUCUUGGCAGCCGAGGGUUCCCGGCACUCCAGCAAUGGGGUAUUUGGGUUCCUCCCCCACCAUCCCUUUCUGUGGGCCUGCAUGGAGAACUUUGUUGAGCAUUACAACUCAGGCAUCUGGGGCAACCAAGGUCCUCGUUUGAUGACCAGGAUGUUAAGGGUGUGGUGCAGACUUCAAGACUUCCAAGAGCGGGGUGACCUGAAGUGUCUGAAUAUUUCCUUCCUUCAUCCCCAGAGAUUCUACCCUAUCCCCUAUCUACAUUGGAGGCGCUAUUACGAAGUGUGGGACUCGGAGCCGAACUUCAAUGACUCCUACGCGCUGCACUUGUGGAACUUCAUGAAUAAAGAGGGCAGGACUGUGGUUAGAGGAAGCAACACCCUGGUGGAAAAUCUCUAUAGAAAGCACUGUCCUAAAACUUACAAGGCUCUGAUUCAAGAUGUAAACGGGACAGUGUCCAGGGAGCCAGGUACAGGCAGCAGAUAGAGGAAGGGCUACUGCUCACGUAGGGGAACUGGACCCUUCUGGGCUGCAGCAUUCUCACUUGGUCUCAAUAGUUUCUAGGGGCUAGGAGCUAAUCCACACCUCCAGGAUUAACUUUCUCUGGUAAUGGCAGCAUACUUCCAAAGAAAAGUGGCUAUAAACAUAGACGUUUAUUUAUCCUUCGUGCAACAGCAAGUCCGAAGGCAGACAAUUUAGGACAGGUAUACUAACAGUGAGGAUCGGAGGCUCAGGCUUGAAUCUUUCUGUUUGUUGUCCUAGUGUUUGUAGUCCACGCUCAAGUGGCUGCUGGACCUCCAGUCCAUCAUCUAGUUAUUCCAGACACUAGCAUGGCAGAAGGAGGAAAGAAAAUGCAUUUCAUUCCAUAAAAACUUUAUGCAAGUACUGUGUAAGUGCAAAUACCAUGUGUCUAUGCAACUCCCUGGCUAGACUGUAGCUGCAAGAGAGGCCGAUAGGUAGCUAAUAGGUCUGCUAGCACCCAUCAGAAUGAAAGGGACAUGGCUGUUGUUGUUUUGAUUUUUGAGACAGAGUCUCUCUAUGCAGUCCUGGCUGUCCUGGAACUCACUAUAUAGAUUAGGACACUAUCCAACUCACAGAGAUCUACUUGCCUCUGCCUUCUAGGUGCUGGGAUUAAAGACAUGUGGCAUCAUACCCAGUCCUUGAUUUUUAACAUCUGUAUUAAUCCACUUUCUGCCACUAUAACAAAAUACUGGAACUGUGAAAUUUAUUAAGAGCAGUGAUUUAUUUAUCUCAUAGAUUUGGAGGCUGAAAUCUUGACUCAGAUGACUCUGUCUGUUUGGCCUCUAGUGAAACCCUGAUGGAGGGUGGCGUCAUAGUGACAGGACACAUGUAGAAGAGAUCACAUGGUGAGUCAGGAAGACAGAAGAGUGUAGGAUCCAGGUCCUUUGCAACCCACCCCUGUGGGAGGGGUCAGAGGAAGGUUUUUCUGUGCGUCCCAGACUCACCUCAAACUCUCAGUCCUUUCUCCUAAGCCUCAGAGGGCUGGGAUCACCCUGACCGGCUCAGGCUUCCUCUUUUUGUAAGAACUAGCUGGAACUCCAUAAAAAGUACAUUGAUUCCUUCUGAUAAUGGAACCCUCCCAUGACCUCAUUGCAUGCACCCUACUUCUCAAAUGUUCAAGUACCUCUCAACAUUGUCACGCUGGAGACUGAGGUUAAAACACAUGAGCCCACAUGUAAACGACAGAAGUGUUCACUAAUCUAUUAAGUCAGUAGAUAUUAAUUGAUCUUCCUGGGAACUAAACACUAAUUUAGGGGCUACAGAUGCUGGGGAACCACUCAGUGUUGGUCCCAGCACAUGUAUCCUAAUUACUGGCCACUUAUCCUCAGGAUAGUCUCCUCCCAUCCCCAGCCCAUUCCCCAUACUGUCCCUUUCCAAUGCACACAUUUACCCUACCCCAGCUGUUGCUUAAGAGCAAAUGAUAAACUCAAGCUAUUUAAAGCUGCUUCCUCCAUAGAUUCAGAUGAAAACUGACUCCUUCCAAGCAUCAUGUUGUACACCAUAAACACAUGUAAUUUUCACUUUUCAAUUAAAAUACAAAUAAAUUCACAUCUACUUCUCAGGAGGCAUGAAAAUUAAUAUAUUUUUUUCUGUUUGCAGUUAUCAGUCAAGGGUUUCUAGAACUUUUCAUGGUUGUUUGCCUUAUAGAAAAAUUUACAUUUUUCCACACACAAAAUUAUGAUGUCUUACAAAACUCUACAUUCAUCUGUUGUCUUUCAUUCUUAACUUUCCCUCUUCAAGAAUCAUGGCUCUGGUAGUCUUAUGAAAAAAAUUUGGUGAGAUAGCUCACUGGGCAAAGGUACUUGCUGCUAAACCUGAUGACCUGAAUAUGAGCCUUGGAACCCAUGUGGAAGACAGAGAGAAACAACUCCUGCAAGUUGACCUCUGACCUCCACAUGUGCUAUGGUGCACAUGUGCAUACACACCACACACACACACACACACACAAUGUAAAGAAACCAAACAGUCCAAAACAUUUACAAGUCCUGAGUCCUGCCUUGGGUUUAUGUACUCCACUACUUGCUGGAUUCUUUGAUAUGUUACUCCCCAGUCAGACUGUGUGUCCAUCCCCUCCAUGAUGUUGCCCUCUUUGUGUCCCUGAGACAGUGAGCACUGGUGUUCAGUGUUUCACAGAUAAAAAUUCCUCUGUUAGCCCUGUUGGGAAGGAGCAGGUUGGUUCUUAUUGCUGUAGCUGAAGAAUGCUCUCCAUCCCUGAACACAAAAGUUUGAAGGACUCAAGUGAAAACACUUUAAACUUCUCAAAAAUUAUGUUUCCAUUGGGAACAAAUACGUCAACAGCAAUGUCUUAUAUAUUUCCUUAUGGGUUGUACUUGGUAUGGGUUUUUUGAGGCAAUAAUGAUAAUUUCAUGUUUCAAGUUUUGUUUUGUUUUGUAGUAAAAUGAGUUUGUGAUUAUAAGUGUGGAAAAUCAAUUAACUUAUGUAAGGAGUACUAUCUGUAUGGUGGAAAGAGUGAAUUUAAAACACUUAUAGUGGGUCUGAGGAAAAUAGAUCAAUGCAAUUUCCUUCUUCCUUUUGGAAAGGUUGAUUGUUACCCAUGUUUAACUGGAUUUAUACUUUAUUAUUCUAUGCAGUAUGUAAUAGCAUGUAAUAGGAUUUUUUAAUGUUGGAAUAUUUUUCUAUUUUUAUUGAUUUGUAUCCUCUCCUCUGUAUGUGAAAAACACCAACUUUUUGUAUUUUUUACAAAAUUUUCAAUCUGUAAUUUUUGAGUUUUACUAUCUAAAUUAAAAAUAUUUCACAUAUGA